AGCAACAUGGAAAGAGGAAACCAAACUGUCACCUCAGAGUUCAUUCUCAUGGGUUUGCCUAUUGAACCAAAUCAGCAAAACCUUUUCUACGUCCUGCUCCUGGCCAUGUACCUGACAACCGUCCUGGGAAACCUCCUCAUCAUUGUCCUCAUUAUACUGGACUCCCAUCUCCACACGCCCAUGUAUUUGUUUCUCAGCAACUUGUCCUUCUCUGACCUCUGCUUCUCCUCUGUCACAGUGCCCAAGUUGCUACAGAUCAUGAACGGUCAGAUCUUACCCAUCUCCUACCCAGAAUGCCUGACCCAAAUGUACUUCUUCCUACUUUUUGCAGACCUGGAGAGUUUCCUGCUUGUGGCCAUGGCGUAUGACCGCUAUGUGGCCAUCUGUUUCCCCCUGCACUACACCAGCAUCAUGAGCCCCAAGCUCUGCCUCUGUCUGGUGGCGCUGUCCUGGGUGCUGACCAUAUCCAUCUCUUUGUUGCACACCCUGCUCAUGGCCAGACUGUCUUUCUGUGCUAGUAAUAUGAUCCCUCAUUUUUUCUGUGACAUGUCAGCUCUGCUGAAGCUGUCUUGCUCUGACACUCAUGUUAAUGAGAUGAUGAUACUUAUCUUGGGCAGUCUUGUCAUUAUUGUUCCAUUUCUGUUGAUAUUUUCAUCCUAUGUGCGAAUUGUGUCUUCCAUCUUCAAGGUCCCUUCUGCUAGAGGCAUCCGCAAGGCAUUUUCCACCUGUGGCUCCCACCUCUCUGUGGUGUCCCUGUUCUAUGGGACAAUCAUUGGCCUCUACCUGUGCCCUUCAGCUGACAGUUCUCCUGUGAAGGAUACGGUCAUGGCUCUGAUGUACACUGUGGUGACCCCUAUGCUGAAUCCCUUUAUUUAUAGUCUGAGGAAUCAGGACAUAAAGGGAGCUUUGGGAAGGAUCUUUUCAAAGAGAACAAUUCAUUCUUCUUUGGGGCAGUGA